UCCCUUGUCCCUUGAGGCGAAGAGGGUUGUUAAAGCUGUUAAGACAUGGCUUCACAUGGCUUCACUUGCGGUUCGGCCGCUCUGCUGCUGCUGGUGAGUGCGGUGGUGGUGGUGGUCAGUGGAUUGAGCGAGCCUAUUGCGGAGCCUGUAGCCCCAGGCUGCCCUGCCCUCAACGGCAUCCCCGGACAACACGGCUUCCCGGGCAGAGAUGGGAGAGACGGCAAGGACGGCAGACCAGGACCUCCAGGAGCCAAGGGCGAGCAGGGACCACCUGGCAAACGUACCUGGGGCGCUAAAGGCCAAACGGGACCCCCUGGUCCGGCAGGACCCGCAGGGCCUAAGGGAGAGAAGGGGGAGCCAGGAGUGGGAUUCGGGAUUUUGGAUGGCAACUUCUCUAUGGAUAUGCUCGCAGAGUUGAAGUCUUUGAAAGACAGGUUCUUCCUUCUGGAGAAAGCCACUGGCUUCCGUACCUUCCGUAAGGUUGGCGUGAAGUACUACGUGACGGACGGUAACGUGGGCACGUAUGACGAGGGCGUGAAGUUCUGCCUGGAUGUCGGGGCCAAGCUGGUCCUCCCGAGAACCGAGGAGGAGAACCAGGCUCUGGCCGAGGUGCACAAGGUCUACCCCAGGUUGCACCCCUUCAUUGCGGCCACAGACAGGAGGCACGAGGGCAAGUUUGUGGACAUGGAUCAAAAGGAUGUGGUCUUCACCAACUGGAACCGUGGGGACCCAAACAACGCAAGAGGAGUCGAAGAUUGCAUCAUUACCUAUGACACAGGCAUUUGGGUCGAUAUCAACUGUGACGCAAAGUACAUGACUGUGUGUGAAUUAGAAAUGGCAUGAUGUUUGAGAGCCUAAUAAGGAAAUCUACAUCUUCCUCAAAGAUCGAUUUCACAAUUACGUAGUGUGUAUUUGUUUAAAAGGCAUUUAUUAUCUCGUGUGUGUGCCUAAAAAUUAAUUUCCCAUUGGCAAACGGAGAACAUUUAUUGCAAAUAUGUAUUGUGAACAUGGGAGGGUCAAAUCACCUCACAUUUCACUUUUCACAAUUAGCCAUAAACAUGUUGAACAUUUGCAUUAUACAUGCUUUAAAUAAACAUGUGCACAUGAAACAUAAAAA